CUGCCAGGUUUGGGGCGGAAGGAACAUCUCUAGCAGAGACGAAGCGGAAGAUGGCGGCGGAGGCGCUGCUGUCCAGUCUGUUGGGAUUGCUAUUUCUGGGGCUCCUGUUACCUGCGCAUCUGACGGGCGGUGUCGGGAGCCUGAAUUUGGAGGAGCUGAGUGAGAUGCGUUAUGGCAUCCAGAUCCUGCCGUUGCCUGUCAUGGGAGGGCAGAGCCAAGCUUCAGACGUGGUGGUUGUGUCUUCAAAGUACAAACAGCGCUAUGAGUGCCGCCUACCAGCUGGAGCUAUUCACUUCCAGCGUGAAAGGGAGGAGGAGACACCUGCUUACCAGGGGCCCGGGAUUCCUGAAUUGUUGAGCCCAAUGAGAGAUGCCCCUUGUCUGCUGAAGACCAAGGACUGGUGGACAUAUGAAUUCUGUUAUGGACGCCAUAUCCAGCAAUACCAUAUGGAAGACUCAGAGAUCAAAGGUGACGUCCUCUACCUUGGCUACUACCAGUCAGCCUUCAACUGGGAUGAUGAAACAGCCAAGGCCUCCAAGCAGCAUCGGCUGAAACGCUACCACAGCCAGACCUAUGGCAAUGGUUCCAAAUGUGAUCUCAAUGGGAAGCCCAGAGAAGCUGAAGUUCGGUUCCUGUGUGACGAGGGCGCGGGCAUAUCUGGGGACUACAUCGAUCGAGUAGAUGAACCCUUCUCCUGCUCCUACGUACUGAGCAUUCGGACAUCGAGGCUCUGCCCACACCCUCUCCUCCGCCCACCAGCCAGCGCUGCCCCACAGGCUAUUCUAUGUCACCCAGCCCUGCAGCCUGACGAGUACAUGGCCUACCUCCAGAGGCAAGCUGAGUCAAAGCAGCAUGAAGAGAAAGUCACAGAGGAAGUUCAGGACACAGACCACCAAGUGUGGAGUGGGAGCAAGGCUGCCGGAGCACCCCCAAAGAAAGAAGAUGUGAGCCCCGCCAAGGAAGAUAAGGAAUCAGAGUUUUGGAAAAUGCUUCAGGAGCCAGAGGAGCAGGCUGCAGGAAGAGAGGAGGCACAGGCAGGGGAACAGGACCUGAACCAUGAGGCUGCAGCAGACCCAGCUCCAGCCCCUCCCACUGAUUUUCAGAAUAAUGUGCAGGUCAAACUCAUCCGGAGUCCUGCAGACUUGAUUCGAUUGAUCGAGGAGCUAAAAGGUGCAGAAAAGGGGAAGCCAAGCAUAAGGCAGGAGCAGCCUGGAGAUGAUACCACAGAGGCCCCGCAGAGGGAAGCGGAGGCGAAGGGAAAGGGUGGUGAACCCCGGGGUCUUGUGGAAGAAGAGGAUGGUGACGAUGAGGAGGAGGAGGACGACGAGGAUGAGCAGCAGCUCCUGGGAGAGUUCGAGAAGGAGUUGGAGGGGAUGCUGCUGCCCUCGGACCGAGAGCGCCUGCGCUCAGAGGUUAAGGCUGGCAUGGAGCGCGAGCUGGAAAACAUCAUCCAGGAGACAGAGAAGGAACUGGACCCAGAAGGGCUGAGGAAGGAGUCCGAGCGGGAGCAGGCAAUACUGGCUCUGACAUCCACUCUGGACAAACUCAUCAAGAGGCUGCAGGAGAGCCAGAGUCCAGAGCUUGUCCAGAAAUACAAGAAAAGGAGAGUUGUCCCCCAAAAGCCUCCCCCAUCACCGCACCCUACAGAGGAGGAGCCUGAGCACAGAGUCCGGGUCCGAGUCACCAAGCUCCGUCAUGGAGGCCCCAAUCAGGACCUGACUGUCCUGGAGAUGAACCGGGAAAACCCACAGCUGAAACAGAUCGAGGGGCUGGUGACAGAAGUGCUGGAGAGGGAGGGGCUCACGGCGGAAGGCAAGAUUGAGAUCAAAAUUGUGCGACCCGGGGCUGAAGGUAAGGAGGAGGACACACGCUGGCUGACUGAUGAGGACACAAGAAACCUUAAGGAGAUUUUCUUCAAUAUCUUGGUGCAGGGAGCAGAAGAGGCCAAUAAAGAACGCCAGCGACAGAGUGAGCUGGAGAGCAAUUACCGCCGUGUAUGGGGCUCUCCCGGUGGAGAGGACACAGGGGACCUGGAUGAGUUUGACUUCUGAGACCACCUUGCUAGGCCCUUUAAGGAUUACUGCAUCGUCCUGACCAGCUCUGCCUCCUUACCCCACCCUGGGGCCCUGGAGGCAAAGGGCAGAUUGGAGCCCAGCACUGGACUUCAGGGGCCCAGCCUGAGGGUGUGUGAAGACCCACGAGGGAGACCUGUUGCAGUCCCAGGGAGCCACCUAAGGCCUCGGCCAGGCUAUAGGUUUCGCUCCCCAAACAUACCUUCCUUUGCUCCUUUAGCUUUUCCUGUCCCCCACCUUCUUAGCACUUAACCCCACUCUACCCAGAGACUUGAUGAGACCUUGUGCGUGGGCGUGGCAGGAACAGCGGGGCUGCAGUUUUUCAGACUCCCAAGAAAGCAGAUUCCCAACCCCACCUUGCCCCACCCUGCCUUGACCCCGUUGGUUUAGGGAGCUGUUGCCUCUCCCUUGGAGCCCCUACUUCCUGUCUGCUGACUGUCUCUUGUCACUGAGGGAACGGGAGACCUUACUAUCACCUCACAAACAAUCCCAGCGAGAAGGGUUGGAGAUGGCGCCACCCCUGUUCUUCAGCAAUCAGGUUUCUAAAUAAAAGACCGGACUGAAAAGCCCUUAGGCUUUGUUGGGAGGGCGAAUGAGGUAGGAAAAGCUCAGGGGAAGGAACAUGUUCUCUGGUCCUAUUUGCCACAUUUCCCAAAAAAUAUCAGUGUGCCUGGGGUACACAGGAGGUGACCAGGACAGCCGACCAAAGCCUUCCAGUAUGGAGAAAGAUGCUGUUCUCUCCUGGGUAAGCUGACCAGGCAUUGGCCUCCAAAGGCCUGGAGGAGAUCCUGAGUGUCAGUCUUUGCUUGGCAGUCGUUUUACAAGCCAGCCUCUGAAAGGAUAAGGAUUUGGAGGCAAGUCUCGAGGACCCUAAAAGCUGUGGCAACACUACUGGAGACCUUUGGUUCCUCCUCUCAUCAUCCGUUCCUAUCCCAGGGGCUUGCACACGUGAGGUGAGCCCUGCACUGCUGAGUUACACCCAGCCAGUUGCUUCAAUUGGGCAGAAGCAAAUCUUCCCUGAUCCUCUCCUUCCUUACAUCCUGAAAGCCAACAUGUGGACCACAGAGACCCUCCCACACCCAAGGGGGCAUCUCCCUUCCGGCAGCAUACUCCAGAUUCCUCUUGCCAGUCAAUCCCUCCAUCCCUCGGGUUAUUUACCAUUCCCUGGAAGAUUCCACCUACAGGCAGGACAGGGCUGCUGCCCACAUGCCAUUGUCAUAGCACUCCAGAGACAGGUGGGCCUGGGGUUCCACUCUUCCCCAUUGCCAGCUGUGGGUCCCUCCUGCCUGUGUCCUCUCCCAGAGUAGUGGGCCCUCAGGACAGUAAAGACAAAGUUUUCCUUUUGAGUCCCCAGCUAGAGACAAAAGGGGUGCACUACAGGAAAGGGACUGAAGAGGGCAUGACCUGCCACCUCCAGAAGACUGAAGAGAUUGUUUCAGAAACUCCCGGGGCCAACCCUCUUGCUGCUCAGUGUGGAUGAGGGCCGAUUUCAUGUUGCUUAAAUUGUUUUGAAAUGUAAACAAGUCUUGCUUCCCACA